UUGUUGAUCGGCGGAGCGGAGGGGGAGGGGCGGAGCUGUCAGCCGUGGCCAAUGGGCGGGCGGGUGUGGGUGCUGGGGCCAAUGGCGGCUGGGGCGGUGCGGGCUCAUCGCGGAUAGAGCUUCUGCUGCGGUGGGGUCGAGUGCUGGCCGAGCGAGCGAAGGGGCCCGGCCCGAGCUAGGGAGCCAGAGGCGGCUGGCCCAGCCACCCUGCGACGGACUGACUGAGCUGACGCGCCGGGCGGCGGCCAUCAGGUUUGGUACUGAGCCAUUUGGAAUCAUGGGGUCCGAGAAUCCAAGUCCACAAAACCCUAGCUGUAAGAUCAUGACCUUCCGGCCUACGAUUGAGGAGUUUCAGGACUUUGGGAAAUAUGUGGCCUACAUUGAAUCCCAAGGAGCUCACAGAGCAGGACUUGCUAAGGUGAUCCCACCAAAGGAGUGGAAACCUAGGAAAACUUAUGAUGACAUUGAUGACAUGGUGAUUCCAGCUCCCAUUCAGCAGGUGGUAACAGGACAGUCUGGUUUAUUUACCCAGUAUAACAUACAGAAGAAACCCAUGACAGUGGGAGAUUAUCGGCGCUUGGCCAACAGUGAAAAGUAUUGUACUCCUCGACACCAAGACUUUGAAGAUCUGGAGCGUAAAUACUGGAAGAACCUGACUUUUGUAUCACCAAUUUAUGGAGCUGAUAUCAGUGGUUCUUUAUAUGAUGCAGAUGUCGAGGAGUGGAAUAUUGGGAAUUUGAACACCCUUUUGGACAUGGUGGAACAUGAAUGUGGGAUUAUCAUAGAAGGCGUGAACACUCCCUACCUGUACUUUGGGAUGUGGAAAACCACCUUUGCUUGGCACACAGAAGACAUGGAUCUCUACAGUAUCAAUUACCUGCACUUUGGGGAGCCCAAAUCUUGGUAUGCCAUACCUCCAGAACAUGGCAAACGUCUGGAACGUCUGGCAAAAGGGUUUUUCCCUGGCAGUUCUCAGGGAUGUGAUGCCUUUCUCCGUCACAAGAUGACUCUCAUCUCUCCCUCCAUCUUGAAGAAAUACAGCAUCCCUUUUGAUCGGAUCACUCAGGAGGCUGGCGAGUUUAUGAUCACUUUUCCCUAUGGAUACCAUGCAGGAUUCAAUCAUGGCUUCAACUGUGCUGAGUCAACCAAUUUUGCCACGCUGCGGUGGAUUGAUUAUGGCAAGAUGGCUACUCAGUGCACCUGCCGAAAGGACAUGGUGAAAAUUUCAAUGGAUGUUUUUGUGAGAGUGCUGCAGCCCGAGCGCUAUGAGCUGUGGAAACAAGGAAAGGAUAUUACUGCUUUGGACCACAUGAAACCCACUGCACUAACUAGCCCUGAACUGAUGGCUUGGAAUGAGACCAAGGCUGUGCUGAAAGCUAAGCUCCUUCGGAGACAAAUUAGUCUGAAGGAAAACAGACACUGGAAAAAGACUGAGGAGGAGAGAAAACCAAAUAUAGAAAGGAAGAGAGAGCAGAACAGAAAGCCUGGCCUAUCGUCCCACAGAAAAAGAAGCCAGCCUAGGCGGCAUAAGACAGAAGACCAGAAGUCUUUGGGAGAGGUUAUGGCUGCAGAAACCCUUUUGGAGGAGGGCAAAGUGAAGGAAGAACCCAAACAUGGGCCUGACCUAGAGGAAGAAGAGCAGCACAAAGCUCCCGAAGGUGGCGAAGGGGAUGGUAAGACCAAGAUCCGUGCCCCCAAGGCCAAAAGUGAUAAGAAGAAGAAGCACCACCACCACCACCACCAUCAUCACCAUCACCACCCACCUCAGCCGCCUCAGUUGUUGUCACCUCCACCCCAGCUCUGUACAGAUGAAGAGGCUCCCCCACCGCCGCCUCCCAUAUUGGAGCCCCCUAUAUUAGCACCAGUCUCUACUGCCACAGAAGAAAACUUUCCCUUAGCUGCCCCCCUCAACAUUGUCCACCCCUCUGAGGUGCCCAACGAAGAGGAUGACUUUAAGCCACGACCUAUCAUUCCCAUGCUUUAUGUGGUUCCACGGACCAAUAAGGUGGUAUUUGACAAAGAGCGUGUAUCUUGCCAGCAAACACUCGAGCACUUUGCUCAGAAGGGCCAGAUUUGGAGGGAACAGACCGUCCCAAUGGAGCUAACAGUGAAGGAAGAAGAAAGGGGAGAAGCUGAGCAGGUGGAGAUCAGUCCCAAAGCCAGUGAGGUUCAGGCCCCAUCUACCUUUUCUAAGUUGAAAAUGGAGAUCAAGAAGAGCCGGCGUCAUCCGCUGGGUAAACCACCAACUCGAUCCCCAUUGUCCGUUGUCAAACAAGAGGGCUCAAGUGAUGAGGAAGCGUUUCCCUUCUCUGGAGAAGAGGAUGUGAGUGACCCUGAGGCCUUGAAGUCUUUACUUUCCCUCCAGUGGAAGAAUAAAGUGCAUAACUUCCAGGCAGAGAAGAAGUUCAAUGCGGCUGCAGCCCUGGUAGAGCCAUAUUGUGCUGUCUGUACUCUCUUCUACCCAUAUAACCAGUCCUUACAGACAGAUAAAGAGACUUCCCAGGCCCCUGUGGGGGAGACCUCCUCACUACUUCAGCUUUCCAAGUGUGGACAGAAGACCAAGCCCUUGAUCCCAGAAAUGUGUUUUACUUCAAGCGGUGAGAAUACCGAGCCUCUCCCUGCAAAUUCUUAUAUUGGUGACGAUGGAACCAGCCUCCUCAUUGCCUGUGCCAAAUGCUACUUGCAAGUUCAUGCCAGUUGCUACGGAAUCCGUCCUGAUCUGGUAAAUGAAGGUUGGACCUGUUCCCGGUGCACAGCCAAUGCCUGGACGGCGGAAUGCUGUUUGUGUAACCUCAGGGGAGGAGCUCUUCAGAUGACAACCGAUAAAAGGUGGAUCCAUGUCAUCUGUGCUAUUGCUGUCCCAGAAGUACGAUUUCUUAAUGUAAUAGAGCGUCACCCUGUGGAUAUCAGUGCAAUACCAGAGCAACGAUGGAAAUUGAAAUGUGUUUACUGUCGAAAGCGGAUGAAGAAGAUAUCUGGAGCUUGCAUCCAGUGUUCGUACGAGCACUGCUCAACUUCUUUUCAUGUGACCUGUGCCCACGUGGCUGGGGUCCUAAUGGAACCUGAUGAUUGGCCCUACGUUGUGUCUAUCACUUGCUUUAAGCAUAAAACAGGCAGCCAAGGUGUCCAAUUUCUAAGGGAGGUGUCAUUGGGCCAGACAGUUAUCACAAAGAACCGCAAUGGCCUCUAUUAUCGGUGCAAAGUAAUUGGCACAACCACACAGACAUUCUAUGAAGUGAACUUUGAUGAUGGUUCCUACAGUGACAACUUGUACCCAGAGAGCAUUAUUAGCAGAGAUUGUAUCCAGCUGGGACCCCCUCCUGAAGGGGAGUUUGUUCAGCUCCGGUGGACUGAUGGAAAUAUCUAUAAAGCCAAGUUCAUUUCAGCUGUGAUCAGUCACAUUUAUCAGGUGGAGUUUGAGGAUGGUUCCCAGCUGAUGGUGAAGCGUGGUGAUAUUUACACCCUUGAGGAGGAGCUGCCCAAGAGGGUCAAAUCUAGACUGUCUGUCAGCACAGGUGCUCCACAAGAGAAAGUAUCCUCAGGAGAGGAGGCCAAGGCAGCGAAGCGCCCAAGGGUGGGCAAUGCCCGGAAUUCUGAGGACUAUGGACAGAAUCCUGAUUACCUGGCCUUCAUGGAGAGCCUCCUGCAGUCACAAUACCAGCCUGGAGCCCAGAGCCACAUGUUUUAGUACAAACACAAUUUUAGUACCAACAUCUCGUGACCUCCCCCACUCCCCACCCCCACUCUGACCCCUUUACCCCAGCAAAGCACCCAGGCAACUGUGGAACAAGUGGACAGCCCCCUCCUUUCCCCCCUCCUCCUUCUCCCUGCAAUAACUUGCUGUGAAUUCCUUUCAUCUACAUUUAAUUUUGACCAUCUGAGAGACUUGUCUGGCCACAGGCUACCUCGACUCUGCUGAACACACUGCUGACGGUAAUAGGAAAAGGAAGCGAUGGUAACCUCUCAGAUUGCAUGUCACCUGGAUGCUUUAGAAGAGCUUGUAUUCCCGGAGCACAUGGAUGCCUGGCUCUUAUCUUAGGCUAGGAAGGGUUCAACGUUACGUUACAAAAGCAAAAACUACUCAGAUUUUUAAACCAUGUAAAAGCUCUCAUCUUGAAAAGGUGCUAUUUCACUGACUACUGAAGCAGCCUUUGGAAUUGUGAUUUCUGUAUAUAAAUCACCUUUGUGAAGUUCUUUCUAUAAAUACUUAUUGUUUAAAAAAAUAUAAGAAAAAAAAGGAAAAAGAAGGAAAGAAAAAAAAAUCCCCAAACUGGUUUUCUAGAUUUGUGGCUUUAAAAAAAAUGUUCUUUUCCCCGCAAACUGAAAUGGGAUUUGAGUAACACUGAAUACGAGGGAGAGAAAAACAUCUCAUUCAUUUUCUUUUGUUGUUGUUUUUAAAUAUUAUUUGUAUAUUGAGUGGGCAGGGAAUGUGUUUUAGCUGGAGUGUCUUGGAAGUUGAGGGUGUUUGUGUUACGAGCAGCCCAUUUGCGUGUUUCUUUUACUGCUCCCUCUCCCAGUGGCCAUGCUGAGGCUUGUCAGUCAUUCAGGUGGGGCUACAGACAGGGUUGGGGUAUGCACUGGGGGAGGAGGGGCACCAAGGUUGAGAAGGGGAGGCCCUGCUACCUUUGCUCUGCUCUUCUCUGUAGUCCCUUGGAGAGGUCUUGCAGCUUCCUCCCCACGGCUCUUUGUGCUCUUAGAAGAAGGCAGGUUGAGGGUUCUGCUUGGUCUCGGACCUUGGGUGCGUUUGCUGCUCCACACCCUGGCAGAUGGGAUGCGUGGCCAGCACCUCUGUGCAUGCCUGGCAAAAUAAAUACUUUCUUUUCUGGUUGGCUUGAUCUUUUGCUCCUUACUAUUGUGAGAAUCAUUCCAUAACUAAGUCUCAGAGCUUUAUAUGUAUGUUUGAUGACAGAAGAAAUUCACUCAUCCGCUUUGUGGCUGCGACCGACUUUGUUUAAGCAGAAGAGAGACCCCUUAGGUCGCCCCCUGUGAUGUACACUGGAGGCAGGCCUUGAUUUUUUUUGGGGUGCUGGACAUGUGGCCGACGUAUAUUUGGUUGUCUCUAUUAAUGACUCCUAGCUGAACCAGUUUGGGGGGUUUUUAUUGCAGACCACAAAAGAUGUCUCCCAUCAUCCCCUACAACUGAGCCAGGUAGCCAUGAGCUAAGAAGUGAUCUGAAACUGGGGAAGGAGAGACAGGGAAAGAGACCAUGGACUUGGGAAAGGAUCGGUCUUGUUCGGAUCAGGGUCUGGGUCAGGGGUUUGCCCCUGGAUGCUGUGACCAUGUUUACACUGACUCCUGAUGAGCCUCUUCAGAAAAGCCAGCAAUGUAGAUGAGACACAAGCAGAUGUGAUUUUUCUUAGCAUCUGGUAUCUGAACAACCAACCAUGGACACUCUGAAGGGAGUGGCUGGCUGGUUCAUGACAGGCGGAAUUAGACCCCUUCGGUUGUUGUUGCCUCGUUGACUGGAGACCCUUAGUGUUCCUCUGUGUAGAAAGGUGCUGGCUUGCUGUUUGAGGCCAUUGCACGAUGACGUUCCUCCUGGUGUUUUAUUGGGGCGGGGUGGGGUUUAAGGUGUUGGUUUCAACUUCAAGUGAAACUGCACCUUUUUUUAAUCUUAGAUUGAAUUGAAGAGAGAAAAUGUACUUCAUAUGUCAUUUUGGAGAAAGAGUAAGCAGAGCUGAGGCCAAGCCUCAUUUUAUCUGGCUGUGCGUUGAUCUGAGUGGUUUCCUGCCAUUCACAAGAAAAUGAUUUCAAGAAUAAUCUGCAUGUAUUUUUUAAAGAUGUUUUAACAGUUGAUAGGCCAGAGAGAGUACUAUUCAAAACAAAAAAGUGAGAGAAUGUUGACAUCAGAGAACUCUUGCUGUGGAAAGGGGAGAGUGAGGGCUGGGGAGGAAGGGUGGGCAGUGGGGACCUUGAGUUGUGGGGAUCUCCUUCUUUAUGUAGCAGUCCUGGCUGAAACAGCACCUUUCCUAGAUCUUUUCAUAGUUCUAUUUAUGUUGUCAAAACGAGCAGCUACAUAUUCUCCAGGGCCCAUAUUCAAGGAGUGCUUAUUUGAAUUGGUACUCUGGACCCUUAGAAAACUGUUCUUUGUUGGACUGACCCCUGGAUGAGGCUGCCCCUCCUCCCAACACACACACACACACACACACACACACACACACACACACACACACACACACACGCCUUCCAAGUUCGGGCUUUUGGGAAUAAUUUGUGCUAACUUAUACAUAGUGGCCACAGUACCAGGGGAAAUGCACAUUUUUUUUCCCAACAAAACAUAUUUGUAAGUAUCUUACCUGCUACAAAAUUCCAGGCUGCUUGUUAUUUUGAAAUGUCUUCAUUUCUGAGACGUGCCUUUGGUGUUUUAGGUGGCGAGAGGGCUGAUAACCUAGCCCCUUUUUAAGGGUGGUGUGCUUUAUAAUUCUCUAAAGGAGACAGACAAUUUGGCAAAGAGCAUAAGGCCCAUCCAACUGAGUGUGCACAGUGUGGACGUAUAGGAAAUGUGUCUUCAGAUGAAAAGAUUGACCCAGUACUCAAAGGCAUGUAGUGAUGGCUUCCAAGAGAAACAGCUUAGGACCUUAGGAUCAGCUCCUGGAAGAAGCCUUAGAAAUUUUCUAGGCCAACUGUCUCAUUAGUCAGAGGCCCAGAUCGGUUCAGUGACUCAUUCAGAGGGGCAGGUAGUAAGUAGCAAAGCCAGCAUUCCAGCCAAGAUCUCCAUCCACACAAACCAUCCUCCUCCCUGUGUCAGCAGGCACACAGCCUCACUGGUGUAGCUCUCAGACCAGGCCAACCCCUUCAUCUUAUAGAUGGGGAGCAGCGGGGCACAGGUCUGGUGCUCAGAGAGAUUUAGUGGUUCACCCAAGGUUAGGAAGGACGUUGAGAACGGAACUGGUAUUUAUACUCACUCAUGUCCAGGAGUUUGAGGAGAAGACAAGACAGAACAGGAACACCGUGCUUGUGCUGUUGCUUUCUCUUCCCCCUUCACACGUGCUCUAAACUGGCCUGCUGGCUAUUCCCUGAGCUAAGCAGAACGAGGCAUUCCAUCUCCUGUCUUGGUGCCUUUGCCGGGUUGUCCCCCACACCUGGAAUGCACACCCUCCUGCCCCCGAGCUCUUGCAAGGCUCAGCUCAGGUGCCGCCUCCUUGGCAAGUCUUUCCCGAUCCCCCAGGUGUUAGUUCCCUCUGCCUCCUGAAAUUACUUUGUAUUUACUUAUCCUGUACAUGUUGUAUCUCCCCAAUAGAAUGUAAGCUCCUUGGGGGCAGGGACUGUUUGGUUUUUGUCUUUGUAUCCGGAGUGCCUGGCCCAGUGCCUGGCACAUCAUAGGCACUUAAUAAAAGUUGUUGAAUUGUUGAAUCCCUCA